UACACCGCCCAUAGGCACUGGGGAAGAGAAGGGGCGCUUUCCAUCGUUUACGUUACCUUGUAACCAAGCUCUCCCACCGCCAUGGGCUUCACCAUCACCAAGUCGUCGGAAUCGCCGGUGCGACCGGCCGAGCAGACGCCAUCCGGGACGCUGCUACUCUCGUGGCUGGACCGGUACCCGACACACCGGGGGCUGGUCGAGUCGCUCCACGUGUUCAAGGAGGGGCGCGAACCAGGCAGGGUGAUAAGGGAAGCGAUGGCGAAGGCGCUGGUCCCCUACUACCCUCUAGCCGGCCGGAUCGUCGAACCGGAGGGGAUGGAGCCGCGGAUCGAGUGCACCGGAGAAGGGGUCUGGUUCGUGGACGCCUCCGCCGACUGCAGCCUGGAGGACGUCAAUUACCUGGAGCGCCCCUUGCUCAUAGCCCAAGAGGACCUGGUGCCCUACACCAAACUGGAAAUUGAGCCAGCCGAUACCAUCAUGAUGGUUCAGGUCACGGAAUUCACAUGCGGCGGAUUCGUGGUAGGUCUCAGGUUCAACCAUGCCUCCGCCGACGGACUGGGGGCGGCGCAGUUCAUCAACGCGGUCGGAGAGAUCGCCCGAGGCCUUCCAGAGCCCACCGUGAAGCCAGUCUGGAACCGAGAAGCCUUCCCCAACCCAAAGAUCAAACCUGGGCCUCUUCCAGACCUCCCCAACCUGGCUUUAGAAUACUCCGCGGUAGACUUCCCCUUGGAUUACAUCAACCAACUGAAGAACAGAUUCAUGGAGCACACCGGCCGAAGAUGCUCCACCUUCGACGUACUGACCGCCAAGGCCUGGCAGUGCCGGACCAAAGCUCUCAAGCUGGCCCCCGACGUUAACGUCCGGCUUUGUUUCUUUGCCAGCGUUCGCCAUAUUUUGAAGCUGGACAGGGGCUACUACGGCAACUGCAUCUUUCCCGUUAAGAUGAUGGUUCCCAGCGGGAAGGUCAUCCGAUCAUCGCUGGUGGAGGUGGUGGAUUUGAUCAGAGAUGCCAAGGAGAGGAUGGCGGCCGAGGUCUUGGCGUGGGCGAAUGGAGAUGUGGAGGGGGAUCCAUUUAGCAUGACAUUUAACUAUGAAUCCAUAUAUGUGUCGGAUUGGACCAAGCUGGGAUUCUCCGAGGUGGAUUAUGGAUGGGGUACGCCGAUGUAUGCUGGUCCCCUGACCAACAAUGACUUCAUCGCCUCGUUGAUCCUUUUGAAGUCGCCGGCACCUUUGGAGGGGGCUCGAAUGAUGACGAGAUGCGUUUCCACGGAACACGUAGAGGCCUUCAACGAGCUGAUCAUGAACUUGGAUUGAAGUGUACCGAGUAGAUAGUUUUGGGUGUGUUUCUACUUUGAAGAAUAAGCUGUGGGGAGGCAUUGUUGCUGUAUGUGGCCUUAUUAUUUAGCUUUUUAUUAUUAUUAUUAUUAUUUUUCUGAUCUACUGAUAACAGAAGUCUGUUUAUUUGCUUACAAAGCAACCAGAGAUAUGUACACGUCUAGUUCUAUUUUUUAUAAAAAAAGAAAGAGUUAUUCCUUAUUC